AUGGAUCCAGAUACAAAUAGUACACUUCCAAUAGACGAUGGAACUGAUCAACCUUUAGAAGAAGAGAUGUAUUCUUCCUGGGCACUGUUGAUUCUAAUGACAUUGCUUAUUGGAGCAUUAUGGACCAGUUACUUUCUACAACUUCGAAAGAUUCGAGCAGUUCAUGAAACCGUAAUAUCCAUUAUGGCUGGUAUGAUUGUAGGUUUAGUGAUCAAACUAGCGCCGGGCACUAUUAUUCAAGAUAUGGUCAAGUUCAAGCAAGGCUUCUUCUUCAAUUUGCUGCUGCCGCCUAUCAUUCUCAACUCGGGCUACGAGCUGAAAAGACGAAAUUUCUUUCUCAACUUUGGUACGAUUCUGACAUUUGCAAUGGCAGGCACAUUUAUUGCUGCUGUUGUUACAGGUGUCUUUACCUAUCUCUACGCAUUCUUAAAACCAGAGGGCAUCAACAUUUCAUUUUUGGACAGCAUGAUUUUUGGAUCCAUUUUAUCAGCAACAGAUCCUGUCACCAUCUUGGCCAUUUUCAACCAACUUCAUGUGGAUCCACAGCUCUUUUCUAUCAUCUCGGGUGAGUCGCUUCUGAACGAUGCAGUUGCUAUUGUGCUGUCAGAUACCCUACGUAAGUUUCGUGGCCAAGAGUUGCAUGUGGUAAACAUCUUUAAGGGCAUUGGCCUCUUUUUGGGUGUGUUUUGGGCUUCUACAUUCAUUGGCAUUCUAUUCGGUGUAGUCGUCGCCUUGAUGUUGAAGUACUCGCAGUUGAGUCGUUUCUCCAGCAUUGAAUCUUGCUUGGUGUUGUUGAUGGCUUACAGCAGCUACUUUUUUUCGAAUGGCACUCAAAUGUCUGGUAUCGUCACUCUGCUUUUCACUGGCAUCACCCUGAAGCAUUACGCCUACGAUAAUUUGUCAAUCAGAAGUAAACGAGCCACCAAAUUCAUGUUUCAAAUAUUAUCGCAACUGUCAGAGAACUUUAUCUUCAUCUACCUUGGCAUCAACUUAUUCACGCAAGACAAUCUCGACUACAAACCAUUAUUCAUCCUGGCUACGUUGGCAUUUAUCUGUGUAGCUAGAUAUGCCUCAGUAGCUCCUUUAUCCAUGAUGAUCAAUGCAGUGUGCAGAGCACUCGGUAAACCUGAUCAGCUUCCAAGAAAUCAUCAAAUGAUGCUGUUCUGGGCUGGAUUAAGAGGUGCUGUUGCGUUUGCGUUAGCAUCUGGUAUCACAGGCGACAGUGCUCCUGCCAUGCGUACAACAAUCCUGGCAGUGGUCGUGCUCACCGUGCUACUGUUUGGUGGUACAACUAGCCGAAUGCUUCAAGUCUUGGAUGUAAAGACAGGUGUUAUUGAACCGGAUGAUUCUGCAAGUGAGAAUGAGGAGGAGGAAGAUGACAAACUCACCCCACAGCGCAAUAAACAGGGCAAAAAGUACAACAGACUCAAUACAGAUGAUCCGUCAGAGGAGCGCUUGCUGGACCCUGUUGAAGAUGGCGACUUGCUAGAAACUGGACAACAGCACCAACGAAGACGCAAAGGCAGACACCAAGACUACAAUGAUAUAUCGAUAGGCGGAUUGCUAUCAGGGCCUUUAGGAGAGCCCAUUCCCGAAGACAGACCACCGCACUGGUUCGUCUCAUUUGACGAGAAGUGGCUCAAGCCCUUCUUGACCAAGAAACAUGUCCAACAAAGAAACCAAACACUGGCUGAAUACUGGAGAGAAAAGAGACGAAAGAUGGAGAGAGCAAAUAGAAACAUGCUGGAUGGCAUCCGUGGCAUGAGCGUAGAUGAUGACGAAUAUGAUAACAGUGAUGCUUUGACGCUGAAUUCUGUCAAAGGCAGUAGUCGUUUAAACAGAACCACUUCAUCUUCAUCGUCCUCUCCUGGUGGUGAAUUCCCUCGCGCCACGCUUCAUGGCGGCUCCUCGUCGUCCAAAAUAGUGAUUGGUUCUGGCAGGGUCUUUGGCAGAUCACCGUCUGUAGAUGAAGAUGAAGAUGGCUUGUAG